AUGGCCCAUUCGUCGCCUUCCAAACUGUCAGGGCAGAAACAAGCAGUAGCCUCCAUGUUGGCGACGUUGUCAUGUCCAGGCAAAGCAAACAAAUAUAGUGGGACAUUCUCCCGCAGAAGACACACGGCGUUACCUAAAGACGAUUUGGGUAGUGGCGGUGCCAGUCGAGAGCGAAUGUUCAGUGGCAGACCCAGGCUAGAUGUCGCAUUCAGGAGGUCCGGUGGAAGCUGUUUAAGGCUGCACUCCCGUAAUUCGGGAUAUCGGGCUCGACUGAUACAAGCCCACAAAAGAGCAGCAACCACAUCGUUACUCGAGACCCAGGCCCUUUCAGUGCCAUCCUGCGUUGAAAGCCCAUACUUUUUCAUCGAGCAGGAUUUACAGCGGGUAUGGUCGCAGAUCCUCGCGAUCCCUCUGGACAGCAUUGGCGCGGAGGACAGCUUCUUCCAUCUCGGAGGUGACUCCAUCACUGCCAUGCAAGUCGUUGCAGAGGCACCGUCUCGCGGCCUGGAACACACCAUCCAAGAUAUCAAUCAACUCAAAACUAUCGAAGCAAUUGCCAGAAAAAACGGGGGGCUUCCUUCCAACAUUGCACAGCCCGUUGUACAGGAUGAGGUGACAAAUGAGCUGUUUGUCUUGACACCGAUUCAAGGAUUCUUCUUCGAAAUGUACUCUGAGGGAACCUGCUGGUUCAACCAGAACACCCUCGUCCAUUUCCAGAGGCAAGUUGCAGACAGCGACAUGGAGAGGGCGGCAAUCAAGUUGGUCCAAAAUCACGCAAUACUACGUGCUCGCUAUGCCCGACAGAAGGACGGGUCGUGGAAGCAGUUUCUCGUGGGCCGCGCCAGGCAAUGCUUCCAUUUCAGCGUGCACAAGGUCAAUUCAGUACAGGAGAUGCGCCAUAUAAUCGGCCAGAUUCAGACAUCGCUGGACCCGGAACACGGCUCAGUCUUUAUCGUGGAUCUGUUCGAACAGAACGGACAGCAGUCCCUUUUCAUGAUUGGGCAUCACUUGGUGCUUGAUCUUGUUUCCUGGCGCAUUAUCCUAGCUGAUAUGGAGGCGAUGAUUCUUGACCUUCAACACCAGCCCCGGCUCACAAUGUCCUUCCAGAUAUGGGCUCGUCUGCAGGCCGACUACGGCGCACGUCAUCGGAACCACCACCCUCUAGACGAGUCCUCGAUGCGCAAGUUCUGGGGGGAGAACAACGCAAGCACAGGGGGAGACUCCAGGACGAGGCUGAUCCGCCUGAACGAGCAACUUACCAACAAGCUCUUUGGCCCUUCCAGCCAAGCUCUGGACGUCGAACCGGUUGAGCUCCUCCACGCCGCCAUCCUCUUCUCUUUCGUACGCACCUUUCCUCAGCGCCAUGCUCCGUGCAUCUUCGGUGAAGCUCACGGCCGCGAGACAUGGGAUGCCUCGAUCGACGUCACCCGAACGGUCGGAUGGUUCACCACUCUCUGGCCUGUGGCCGCACAACUAAGCCCGUCUGGUAGUCUCGUGACGGCUGUCCGUACCGUGCGGCAAGCUCGACGGGCGAUGUCGAUAUACCACAACACCAAGCAGGAGAGAUGCAGGGCCGGGACGCACCUGAUGGAGAUGACCUUCAACUACGCGGGGAAGUUCCAGCAGGUCGAGCAGGACGGUGCUCUCUUUCGCAUGGAGCCCAUGGCGAAGCAGAGUCUGUUUGAUGGGGCGGGCGAGCUGGGCCGGUGGACCAUGCUCGAGAUCAAUUCGGUUAUUCUUAACGGCAUGCUGGAGUUUCAUGUUACCUACAAUCGGGGGACUGAUGAGGCUCGUGUCCUGACUCCGUGGAUGGAUAAUCUGGUCAACUGCCUUGAAGACCUUGCGAGCAGUCAUGCUUAG